UCAUAAAUAAAUCAUUUAUAAUGGAGAAUACAAUAUGAAUGGUGAGAAGGUUGGUUGAUGGGAUAUUAUAUAUUGCAAAUACAAGGAGAAGGAAUAGAAAUAUAUGUAGGUUAUUUGAAUAUAAGGAAUAUAAUAUAUAUGUUAAUAGUGGUGGUGGAUCAUAUGAUUAAGAAAUAAGUUAGAGAAAGAUUGGAGUAUGGGUAGAGUUGUUUGAAGGUUUUUAGUAUUAUGCUUAAAUCACUUAUAAUUGGGAAUAUAAUAUGAAAGGCAUGAAGAUUGGUAGAUGAGAAAUUAAAUAUUGCAAUU